AUGUCUUCCAAUAUCAACCAAAUCACCGUCACUCUGCGAGAAGUCGCCAAGAUGAUCGAUCACUCUCUACUGCACCCCACCAUGACUGAUGACGAUGUCGUCGAAGGUCUUAAAAUCUCCAAGAAGUAUAACGUCGCCACGGCAUGCAUCAAGCCAUAUCUUAUUCCUCUGGCAAAGAAAGAGCUAGAAGGAUCUGAUGUCCUCAUUUGCCCUGUCAUUGGUUUCCCCCAUGGAAAUAGCAGCACUGCCGUCAAGGUGUUCGAAGCUGAUGCUGCUGCCGCCGCUGGUGGGCAGGAGAUUGACAUGGUCAUCAACAUCGGCAAAGCCCUUGGCGGUGACUGGGACUAUGUUGCCCAUGAAAUACGCCAAAUCAACGAUACCGUUGUCAAACAAGGGGCAAUUUUAAAGAUCAUCUUCGAAAACGACUACCUAGAGGAGAAGCAUAUCAUCCGCCUUUGCAAGAUUUGCUCUGAAAUCGGAGUGGCAUUCGUCAAGACUUCAACCGGCUAUGGCUUUGUAAAGCAGGCCAAUGGAAUGUACUCUUACCAGGGAACUACCAUUCCUCAUCUGAAGCUUAUGCGAUCAGAGUCCAACAUGAAAGUGCAGGUCAAGGCCGCUGGAGGCGUUCGUACCCUCGAUGACUUGUUGCACGUCAUGUCGCUUGGCAUAAGCCGUAUUGGUGCUACGGCCACCAUUGCAAUCAUGGAGGAGGCAGUGAAGAGAGGAAUCACAGAGCAGCCUACUGUUGUUCAGUUUACACCUAUGGGCGAUAGCUCUGCCGGAGGAUAUUAG